GGUGCAUCACGCACAGAGAGAGCAUUUGCAAUGCUGUACCUUUCUGUACACUUGUUCCGGUGGAGAAAAAAUGCUGUGUCAACAGGAGGAGUUCUUAUAUGAUGGUGAUACUCUAUCUGGAUUUGAAAGAUGUCAAUUGGGGAAAAUAUGCUAUUGAUGAGAUAAUAAGCGGUGCAAGGAAACUGAACAGGGAUAAUCCACUUCUUAACAUCACACUACAUGGGUGCCCUGCUCUGCUUGAGAUUCGUUAUUUCGACUCGGUGGACACUGGUUUCAUUCAACUAGAUCCAAAAGCUUUACCAAGGAUCAAGCACUACAAUAAACAAAUUCUAAGUGCACUGGUGAAGGCAAACAGCAGAGUAGAUGGCGGGCGUAUUACAUUUGGAAUAAUGAAGAUAUAUGUUUCAGUAAAAGGAUCGAUCAAGCAUGCUGAGAACUUACCUUACGAUUUAAAAAAAGAUUCAUGCAUGAAGGGGAGGAAUUGGAUAUUUGAAGAACUAGCACAGCGGGCUGAAGGUAGGAUCGAUAGAUCAAUGAAGUUACAUGCAUAUCUCGUGAAUGAAACCAGUCUGACUGAGGAAAGGAAGAAAAAACUAUUUCAGACACAUAGAUCAGUAGAGAAAUUGAUGUUGACAGUUGGAACAGUUAAGAUUCUGCGUUAUAUUCAGAAAAACGAGGUAGAGGGGGGUGGUUUGGUAAAUGAAACUGUUUCUUGUCUGGACAAUGUUUUGGCUGGGUCCGUGAAAACUUUGCGAAGAGUACCAAGAGGAAGGCAAGUCCAAGUUUAGAUGAGGGGGCAGAGAAAGAUAAAGGGGCUAUGGUGCCAAACUUGAACAUGCCGUUGAUGGGUAGCACAGAAUGUGUUA